AUGGUAAGGGGAGGUUCAGAGGGGUGUUUGGCAACCUGGUUGACGGAAAAACAGAAGGAUGGUGGUGGUGGAACUCAACCAAAACAGUGGCAAAGUGUUGUUGGGUUCUUGGUGGUGAUGUGGUGGUUAUUGGUGAGGCUUGUUAGUGAACUUUACAAUCUUCUUAAUCAAGUGAACUCUGUAGAAGUCCAAGAUGAUGUAAAGCUCCCUGAUAACUUCACACAUCUUGUCACAGAAAUGAAAAGCAACAAGUAUGAUGCAAAGGAAUUUGCUUUUAUAUUGAAAGGAAUGGUACUAUGUUUUCAAGUACCAGUAAUCCAGAAAAUGAAAAAGAGCGGGUUGGAUUUAAAGAAACUCAGAAACAAGGAACAUCAGAAAGGGUUGAAAGCUGAAGAUGGUGACCAAGAACAUGAAGAAAUGUUUGAAAAGGUCUUCAAGAAAGUUUUUGUAGAAAAAGAGAAUAUGGAAGAAAUUGUUUCUAAUUGUAUAUCGAUAUUUCCAAAUGAAAAUAGAACAUGGAAUUGGCAAAGAAGUUUAAUAUUUUGUUUUCAGGUACUAUUUUUUGAAGUACCAAUGUGCCAGAAAAUGAAAAAAACGCAAGUUAGAGUUGAAGAAACUCAAAAACAAUGGACAGCAGAAAGGGUUGAAACCGAAGAUGGUGAAAUGGAGGAGAAUGAUCAAAGUUCUUAA